AUGUCCCAUAAUUUCCAGGUGUUCGUCAUUCUGCCUUUAGUAGCUGCUAUGGUUUCCGCUGCCGAAAUCUACUUGCCAGCACCGGCCUACGUUACGUCCUCACUGACUUCACACGGACCCGUCCCAUGGGCUUACUUGCAACCGUAUUACCAAUCAGCUCCACUAGUAGCUUACACAGCGCCGACAGCCAAAUUCAUUGCCACUGCCCCGGCUCAAGUCGUACCUGCCACUAGGGCCGAUGUCGUCGCCGUAGCUCCCGCCAAGAUUGUCGCCCCAACCGUUCCGGUCGCUAAAGUCGCCCAAGUUUUACCCGCACAAUUGCAGCCAGUGGCAGACCCAUCGUACACAUUCGCAUACCAAGUCCAGGAUCAAAUAACCGGUGAUUCCAAAAGUCAAGAAGAAACCCGAAACGGUAACGUCGUGAAAGGCAGAUACAGUUUAAUCGAACCCGAUGGUAGCAGGAGAACCGUAGACUACACAGCUGACCCGACCAAUGGAUUCAACGCAUACGUACAGAAAUCAGAAGCACAACAAGCCGUAUUUGUACCAUCAGUAUCAACAGACGACGUAGAAACUAUCAAAGUAGAAGCCGCUGAAGUCGAACCAGCCAGGUAUGCGCCUUCGGGCUCAAAGCCGUUAAAGAAUACGCUCGCUGCACCAGAAACCAAACCCGAAACUGGUUAUUAA